GUGGUGUAGAUCAGAGACUCUCUCACUCUGUCUGUCUGUCUGUCUGUCUGUGGCUCGGCCCAGGUCUUCUCAGCAGCAGUGAGGUGAACUGGACCCGGACCCCUCGGACCUGGACCGGUCCCUGAGUAAUGGACUCAAACAUGCUGCUGCUGUGAUUUCUCUCGGAUCUUGCGGUGGCUGCUGGGAAAUUACGCGCCACUCUGAUCUGCUCGUGUGUUCGCUCAAACGUCUCUAUCUGUGGAGAGAUGUCAGCUGUCAGCCCGGACCAGAUCCAGCCCGGAGAGGAGAACCGAACCGGAGCUGAGGAGGCCGGGAUCCUGCAGCCGCAGACCGUGUUUGUCAUCCUGGACUCGGCUGAAACAGUCAACCUGGUCCGGGUGGAGUCUGGUAUCGUCGCUGACAUUGAUGUGGACAGUUUGCUGCCGUCAGACUGUGACACCUUCUACCAGAUCAAGAGCCAGCCAAUCAGCAUCAGUGCAGCAGUAGCAGACUCCUCCUCUUCCUCCUCUUCCUCAUCACUGCCGUCAGCCAUGUCAUCCAGGGUCCUCCUACGUCAGGAUCUGAUGCGACAGCAGGCUCUGGAGGAGGAGCAGAAGGAGGCGCAGCAGCAGCUCCUUCGCCCGACUGACUCCUCCUUCCCCAUCUCUGUCUCUGUGUCCUCCUCCUGCCGACCUCCUGCUCAGGUCCCUGUGGAGGUGCUCAAGGUUCAGACUCACCUGGAGAACCCCACCAGGUAUCACAUCCAGCAGGCUCAGAGGCAGCAGGUGCGUCAGUACCUGUCCACCACAAAGACAGCCAAUCAGGAGCCAGCAGGACCAGAUCCAGCUCACUCCCCCCAGCUGGGCCCCGCCCCCAAACUACAGCCUGCAGACAGCCGAAAGAAGGAGAUAGAAGAGACUGUCAUCAACGACAUCAUCAGCCUGGAAUCUAGCCUGAAUGAUGAGUUUCUGACGCUGAUCGACUCUGGACUGCAGCUCGCCAACACGCUGCCAGUGUCGGGGAACAUGCUGGACGUGUAUGGCGGAAGCGGCGGGAUGGCCACGCCCACCAUCACUGCUAGCAACAGUUGCCCGGCCGACCUUCGCGGUGUCAAGACAGAGCUAAACGAUGUGGAGGCCAAAGCUCUGAUAAAAGAGAGACAGAAGAAAGACAACCACAACCUCAUUGAGAGGAGGAGGAGGUUCAACAUCAACGACCGGAUCAAAGAACUCGGAGACCUCAUCCCCAAAUCCACCGAUCCGGAGACGAGGUGGAACAAAGGGACCAUCCUGAAGGCAUCGGUCGACUACAUCCGAAAACUGCAGAAGGAGCAGCAGAGAGCCCGAGAGAUGGAGGAGAAACAGAGGAGGCUGGAGAACACCAACCACACCCUGCUGCUCCGCAUACAGGAGCUGGAGCUUCAGACUCGCCUCCAUACCUUUUCCUCCUCUUCCACCUCCACUCUGCCUACCUCCUCCUCCUCCUCCUCCUCCUCUCUGGACCCCCAGGCCCUGCUCUCCCCCUCACUGCCUCACCCAUUCUCCUCCUCCUCCCCCUCAUCCUCCCUGGUCACCCCCUCCCUGGGUCUGGAUGCCCUGAGCUUCGUGGAGCUGGAUGAGCCUCGCAGAGCCUCCACUAUCUUCUCCCCUGACCUCAUGUCUGACGUGGGGCUGACGGAGCUCCACGGCCUGGGGGACAUCCUGAUGGAGGAGGGGGGAGGAGCUGUGGUGUCCGACCCCCUGCUGUCCUGCGGAGCCUCCAAGACCAGCAGCAGGAGGAGCAGCUUCAGUAUGGACGAGGACCUCUGAUGACAUCAUCACACAUGCAGGGAUCCUAUUGGCUGCAGCUGGAGGCAGUUUUUUUUAAUUAAAAUACAACAGUUUUUAAUCAAUGACAUCAUGAACAAUCAAACAAACAAGCAAACAACGCACAAUGUGAUGUCCAGGAAGUCACUGGGAGUCUUCCAGUGUUAUCAUGGUAACCACUGAGACCAGAGACAGACUGAGCAGACCAGAAGCUGAUUGGUCGUUGGAGUUCCAGGUGUCUGCAGGUGAUCAAUAACUGAUUAUUAUUAUAAUUGAAACAAGAUAACAAUAUAAUAAAAAUGUUAUAAUUAAUGUAACACAUGACAGGUGACAAAAAAACCUCCUCUGAUUGGCUGUUAGUCUAUUGUCAGGAAAUACCUGGAGGAAAGGGAACCUUGUUUUAAAGGGGGAUUCUGGUGUUUUUGCACCUGAGCCGUAUUUUCUGUUUCCAGACCAAAACCCUUGAAUAGAGACUAACAGGCAGAAGCAGUGUUGCACCAGCAGCUCGUGUGUUCUGUGAGGUUAAAUUGAUGUUUUUCUUAAUGGAGUCUGGUGGCUUUGUAGCGAGACAGACAACAGAAGGUCUGAUCCAUUCCAUCUGUGUCAGACAAUCUGAACCCGUCAGAACAUAAACAUACGACUUAGGUCAACAAUAUCAGAACGACUCUUUAACUGCCAACAUGUUUAUAUAAUGUUCACCUGCGGCUCUCAGAGACACGCCCCCAUCAGUGAUGUCACAUCAGGUGACACCUCUCAGUAGAAAUCUGAAUUCUUUUGUCUAACCGGUUCUGAUUGGUUGAGCCAGCAGGUACCACCACUGACACAUGAGCACAGAUAUCUCCUCACCUGUGCGUCCCCACCUGUGCGUCCUCACCUGUCAGGAUGAGUUGUUAUGUAGAAGAUCAGGUGUUUUUAUGUUUUCAGUUUAAUGAAGUUGUGAAGAUUCUGCUGCUGAAUCUGCAACUGCCACAGUUCAGUGUGUCAGUUAGACUACUUUAAAGCAAGCUAGCUCUUAGCGGUGCUGUAUGAAAUGUAGGUUAAAUCCACCUGCUGUAAAGUUUAUGUGCUGUUAGCUGUUAGCUCAUCUACAAAUUACAGCGCAGACAGUUGAUAACAAGCUAAUUGUUUGUUUGUCAGUAUAGCCGGCUGCUACACUGUAAGUUAGCUAACCAUUAGCUGUUUAUCUGUGAACUUAUUUAGUUUUUAGUCAACAGCCACACAAACUGACAAGCUAGCAGUUAGUUGUAGGUCACUGUUAACUACAAACUAGAUACAGUAAGUAGGAGCUAAAAGUAAGCUAACUAGGCUAAAUGUUAGCUUUGUGUUAAUGUUAGAAUGUUAGGCACAUUAUGAGAGUUUGAUUCAACAUGGCUGCUUGUCAUCAGACUUCAGGCUCAGAUUCUUCAAAGGGAUUUGUGUUUGUCUUUUAUUCAUGCUGUUGAUUUAUGACUUCAUAUUCAAACAUCCAGUUUAUGGUUUCUGAAUAUUUUUCAUCACAUUUGUUUUUAUAGACUUUUAUAUAGAAAUAAAUUCAUUUAAUAAAA